AUGGCCAAGAAGCUUGUUGCAGUGUUUCUCAUGUUGGUGGUGGUUGUUGCAGCACUCCACAUUCGGGAGGCUGAGGCAGAAGACGAUGAUCACAAGGAAUACAAGGAGUGCUUCGGCAACUGCUUGAAGGAAUGCGAAGACGGCGACGCCCACGGUCAAACUUACUGUGAGAUGAGCUGUGACACUGAAUGUGCAAGUAAAGAGAGUGCCGAAAGGCUGAAGAAUAUCAAAGUGGCCGGAGGCGGUGGGUGGCAAUCAACAGUGGUGGCCGACGGCGAUGGCAGUUGGCUAGAUAUGAACAUGUGGCAUAAUGUGCUUGCUUUAGAAGGAGUGGCAUUAUAUCUGUAUUUGAUAGAAAUGGGUUGGAAAGCUGCUGAGAAACUGAUUAGGCACUGGAAGGUUCUCAGAGGAGAUAAUGUGAUGAUAAUAAGGGGCAAAGACAAGGGUGAUACGGGUAUUAUCAAGCGAGUCAUUCGCUCUCAGAAUCGUGUUAUUGUGGAAGGAAAAAAUCUGGUAAAGAAACAUAUCAAGCAAGGCCAAGGUCAUGAAGGUGGGAUAUUUACUGUCGAAGCCCCACUUCAUGCCUCAAAUGUGCAAGUUGUUGAUCCAGUGACAGGGAGGGCUUGUAAAGUUGGUGUUAGAUAUCUUGAGGAUGGAACAAAAGUUCGAGUAUCUAGAGGAAUAGGGGCAUCGGGAUCUAUAAUCCCUCGUCCUGAGAUCUUGAAGAUAAGAACCACUCCAAGACCUACUCUUGCUGGUCCAAAGGAUACUCCUAUGAAUGUUGUGUUGGAGAAGACUUAUGAUGCCAAAAUAGGGAAGGGCAUGGCUGAACUUUGA